UCUGAUGUAGUGCUGUGUAGACUGAGCCUCCCGAGUGACUGCUUCGAGUGGAAUCCUCAACAUUUGCCUCAGAGUAUUAUGAAUUUUCUGAACUCAGAGAUAAAGAGAAAGUUCUUGGAUUUACUCUCUUUAUAUUGCAUGAUGUCGUAUUUGGAAGUGAUUUGUUCCAGCCUCGUAGAACAGUCCUGAAGUAUUGGCUGAGCAUCACGGCGACUGAGUGCUCAGGGUGCAAGGAUCAGAGACAGCAGAAGUGGACCUAGGAGGUUCAUAGGAACUGGACCUAGGAAGUCCAUGACUUUUUGAUUUUGUUUCUACCAGUCUGAUAUUAUACAUGGCUACUGACAGCAAUGCUCUUCAGUUCCAGCAGGUUCCCUUGCGUCAGAAGCCGAGGAAGAAAACUCAAGGUUUUUUUACCAUGAGUCGGAGGAGGAUAUCCUGUAAAGAUCUGGGACACGCUGACUGCCAAGGGUGGCUGUAUAAGAAAAAGGAAAAGGGGACUUUCCUAAGCAACAAAUGGAAAAAGUUCUGGGUGGUGCUGAAGGGGUCCUCGCUGUACUGGUACAGCAAUCAAAUGGCAGAGAAAGCUGAUGGAUUUGUGAACCUGCCUGAUUUCACCGUGGAAAGAGCAUCUGAAUGCAAGAAAAAGCAUGCAUUUAAGAUCAACCAUCCACAGAUCAAGACCUUCUAUUUUGCAGCUGAGAAUUUGCAGGAAAUGAACGUGUGGUUAAAUAAACUUGGAAUAGCUGUGAUCCAUCUUGAAUCCACUACAAAGGAUGAAGAAUGCUACAGUGAAAGUGAGCAGGAGGAUCCUGAUAUAGCCACGGAGACUCCGCCCCCUCCUUACUCUGCCACUUCCUCUCCUUUGGCUGCCCAGCGGGCAUCUUCGUCCUCACCCAAAUUGAGUGAAACAUCGUGUUCUUUCUCUUCCCUGGAAAAUACAAUAAAGACGGCCAGCAGCGGUUCUUCCUCGGGAUCUAAAGAAAGACAGUCCUGGCUGGACAUCGUGAACAGCUCACCUGCUGCUGGAGAUGUGGGGCACGCACUCGCCUUUGCCGUGCAGGUCCAUGCCCCUGCACCCUCAGAGGCUCCCAGUUGCAAGGCCCUGGACACCAGCUUCGUCACAUCCGAAAGUGGGUUUUUGAACUCUUUGUCUAGUGAUGACACUUCUUCAUUGAGUAGCAAUCAAGAUCAUCUCACUGUCCCAGACAAGGCUCCUGGAUCAAGGGUGAUGGAGAAAGAAGAAACAAAAGCACCUGAAGAUGAUGAAAUGGAGAAACUUUACAAAUCAUUAGAGCAAGCGAGUCUGUCUCCUCUUGGGGACCGCCGGCCUUCGACCAAAAAGGAGUUGAGAAAGUCAUUUGUGAAACGCUGCAAGAACCCAUCCAUCAAUGAGAAACUUCACAAAAUUCGAACCUUGAAUAGCACAUUGAAGUGCAAAGAACAUGAUCUGGCCAUGAUCAACCAGUUGCUGGAUGAUCCGAAACUAACAGCCAGGAAGUACAGAGAGUGGAAGGUCAUGAACACCCUCCUGAUCCAGGACAUCUAUCAGCAGCAUCAGGCCCCAAGUGAAUCUGAAGGCGCACCACAGGAGCUCACGAAGCCCCCUUCGCCGUCCUGUCUGGAAAAUUCUAUCUGAGAAAAAGCCAGAGUUCUCUCUUCUUGUAUUUUACUGAAAGCAACUUUGCAAGAUGUUGCAGGAGUUCUGUUUCUCCUUGAUGGGAAAACUGAAGUUCCCCUCCUCAGCUCAGCUGAAGACAGUCACCAGGUGCAGCAGGACUCCUGGUUCCCCAUCGAGUUUCCCCGUCAUGGAGCCUGGAGUGAUUUGGUUCAGCUGAGCAGACAUGAUUUUGUGUUCCUACUGGGAGCUUGUGGAGAUGGUAGGCUGUAGGUGGGAUGUGAGGAACCUAUCUUCUAUCCCCUGCUUUCAAGAGAAUCACAAUGUACCGUGCACAAAAGAUCCAAUUUUACUAGGGAUAAUGAGUCAUAGAAGUAUCAUUUCUUCCCCCAAGAAGCAUGAACAUUCUCUACUUCACGGGCCACAGAGUACUCCAAAGCAUUCUUUGAAUGGAGGUGUGCUUUGUAUAGCAACAGCUGGAACAGUCACAGUGGGAUUGUGGAACAAAAAAUCCUUUGCCAUUGCUAUAGAAAGGUGGUCCUUUUUCCACUUGUUGAGAAAUACUUUACAGAGUGGAGUGUAGGAGGGCCCGCAGAGGGGAUGUGUGCUGUGUUACACUCACUCAGGACUGGGUGGUAUUUUCACAUUUACCUGGAUUGGGGGAUAUGGUUAAUGUAUCUUUUGUCACAGCAGUUAGAAAAAAACUACUCUUCACAGUUGGAGACCACUGCUCCUCCUUGGCCUCCCUACAGGACUGUAGGGAGGCCUAACAGGCCCAACAAGGAACAUUCUGCUGCUUUUGUCUUUGGCUUGGUCCCCAUAAACAGUAUGGAUUUAUAUCCAGUUUUCCUGGGAUCAAUAUUGGAAAGAGGAUUCUGGCAUCGGAAUUGUUUUAGUAUCUGUACUGGAAGUGGGGGACUCAAAAACUAAAGAUUUUAACAUGAUUGUUUUAUUUUUGUAAGCUCAUGUGUCACGGUGUGCUUUGUGAAUAGCCAUCUAUGUUUUUUAUUUAAAUAUAUUUAUAGAAGUUCAAAUUAGUAGUGUUUUAAAAGAUCAUAUACUAUUCUAUGUUUUGUUCAGCCUAUAUAUUCUGGAAGUAUACAUACUUUUUGCUUGAGAAAACUAAGGAUACUAUUGAUUUAUCAGAGUUAGAUUGCACUAUAAUGUACCAGGAAUGCUCAGGAAAUCUUGUGAGAAAACUAUGGGGGCAUGUAUUAAUAAUUUUUCAUUUGCUAAGAUCUCUCUUUCUGUCUCUAAUUCUCUUCAUAGCUCUUAAAUUGUUGUAUUCAUUUUAAGUCUUUUCCAUAACUUUCAUCUUAAGUGAUCCCUUCUAUUAAAUAAACUUUUAAGUUUAUGUCCAUUAACCCUAGGCCAAAUGAAACACAACUAAUGUAUUAUUUUGACUAAAUAUCAAUAGAAAUGUCGGGUUUAUUAAAGAGCUCAACAGAGAAGCAAUAUGAUAUUGUUCACUAAUCACAAUGAAGAUUUCUCACCUUAAUAAUAACCACAACCCGCUGAGAACCAAUUUGGACCCUACCUGCUGCUAGAAAAUUGUUAGCGUAACACAUUUCAUUUUAUUGCAUCGAAGUGUGGCUUGACAUUUAAAUGCAGAUAACCACCUGAAUUGUGUCUGCAACCCUAAAUGGAAAUAGUUGUUGAGUAUUUCCCCAAACUUUCCUAAGAGGUCUUCAUACUCUAUAAACAACAGAAAAACAACCUUAACAUUAAGAAACAAAACACAAAACAGGAAGCAACCUGGAAACUUCUCUGAGAUGAGGGACCCUAUCGGUUGGUUUGGCUCAGCAAAGGUUCUCCUGCACCGAAUGCAGCAGAGCGCGUAGAGAUGUGCCUAAUGAGGGGUCGCCUGGUCUUGGAAUGGGGUGGUGUUCUGGUUUGAGAGUCUGGUGCUUUAACAUCUUUAUUCUGGCAAUGAUUCUUUCUGUGAAUAGCAGGUUUUAUAAGGUAGCAGGUUUUAGAAGCUUAGUGGUUUGGGAUUCACAAUGUAAACCAAGUGUGAAGGGAAAGCAGAAAUAAUGUAAUGGAGGAAAUCAUAGAAUGACACCAAGUGUUUUUCCACCUCUUUUUUGGUUUUGUUUUUCACAGUUCUUUUUCUUUCUAUUUUUUUUUUAUUGGUGCAUUAUAGUUAUACAUAAUAGUGGGAUUAAUGAAUACUGGUACAUGCACACAAUAAAACAAUAUAAUUUGGUCAAAUUUUGUUCCCUAGAACCUUUCCACUAUCUGUUCCUUUCUUCUUCUACUGCAAUGAUUUUCCACAUUUUUCUUCUUGUGAUUCAUAAAAAUAUUUAUUUUAUUUUUUUUUUUUUGGUACUGGGGAUUGAACCAAGGGGCACCUAACCGCUGAGCUACCUCCUCAGCCUGUUUUUGUGUUUUAUUUAGACACAAGGUCUCACUGAGUUGUUUAGGGCCUCAUUAAGUUGCUGAGGCUGGUUUUGAACUUAAAAUCCUCCUGCCUCAGCCUCCCAAGCUGCUGGAAUUAUAGGUAUGUGCCACCAUGCCCAGGUACAUAUUUAAAAUUUUUAGUGCUUUGUAGUUGUACAUAAUAGUGGGAUUAAUUUUGACAUAUUCAUAAAUGAAUACAGCAUAGUUUUCUCCAUUUCAAUCCCCAGUAUUAUCCCCUCCCCACUCCCUGAUCCCCUUCCUCUAUUGGCCUUCCUCUUAUUUAUUUAUUUAUUUAUUUUUAAAUUGGUGCAUAUGUGUGUAUAUAUGUGUGUAUAUGUGUAUAUGUAUAUACACACACAUAUGUGUACAUAUACAUGGGAAUGUGAUAUGUUCAUACAUACAUGUACAUAUUUGUUCCCCAGUUCUUACCCCUUCCUGCCCCCUCUCCCUCCCUUUUGGUCCCCCAUCUUUACUCUCCUGAUGUCCCUUAUAUUUUCAUGAGAUCCCCUUUCGUUAUUUCUUUAUUGUCUCUAGCUUCCACAUAUUAGAGAAAACAUUCCAUCCCAACUUUCUGAGUCUGGCUUAUCUCAUUUAGCAUGAUGUUCUCCUGUUCCAUCCAUUUUCCAGUAAAUAACAUAAUUUCAUUGUUCUUCGUGACUGAGUAGAAUUCCAUUGUGUAUAUAUACCACAUUUUCUUUAUCCUAAAAAAUUAAUUGCGGAUUUAUACCACAUUUUUUUUUUUUAUCCAUGAAUCUAUUGACAGUCAUGUGGGCUGGUUCUACAACUUGGCUAUUGUGAAUUGCACUGCUAUAAACAUGGUAUGCAUGUGUCAGUAUACUAUGAUGAUUUUAGUUCUUUUGGAUAAAUGCCAAGCAGUGGGAUAGCUGGUUAUAUGGUGGGUCUAUUCUUAGCAUUCUGAGGAAUCUCCAUACUGCUUUCCAGAGUAGUUGUAUUUUUUAUUUGGUUUACAACAUUAAUUUAUAAACCUCUGAGCAGUUUUUUCUAAAUUGUAGAUCCUUAAACACUUUUGACCAGAACUUGUGGAUACAUUUACAUGUUUUACUUUGACUUUUCAUCAAUACCUCUUUGACUGAGUUUUUAAUGUGAACUCCUUUAGUACAUUCAAACUUAAAAGCUCAAUCAGCCCAUGAGAUGGCUUGACUGAGGCUUAAAGUUUUUGCUCAAGUCACUUAAGAAAGUUGGCCUAGCAGUUUUUGCUUGGUAUUUAAAAUGUACUUUGCAGAACAUUCCCAAAUGAAAUACUGCAUUGCAUGAUUUCCACCCUAUCUUUUUAGACCCAGAUCCCCGAUCAUUAGUCAUUUUUACUUUGUAAAGAAAUGCUUUUUCUCCAUACUAGGUUGAGUUAGGAAGCAGGAGACUGCUUCUUUGAGUUUCCAGCCUCAGCUAUAGUCACUAAGAGGAGGAUGGAGCUAGAGCAGAGUGGGAAGAAGAGUGGGUGAUACUUUUCAUGACACUCAGUAUAAAAGGAACCUGGUAAGUUAUGCCUUGACUUCAAGUCACUUUUCCUGUCCAAAAGAUAUUGAGAAAACUGGACUACUUCCAGUUUCUUGCUGGGGAGUAAUUAUCUCUCAAAUGGAUUUUGGGUAGGGGAGACUCCUGCACCCACUCUUCUAGCCACAGUCUAUGGCUGUGAAAUUACUCAGAACCAUAUAUGGCUGCUUGGAGAGGAAGUUAGUCCAAAUCUGUGGCUCUUGUAAGGAUUAGGAUCUGGGAGCUCUCUGCUUAAGGAUUAUGAUGACUUCUAACCUCUGUUUUUGGCCUGUAGACCCAGACUAGAGCCUGAUAGGGACUCUUACUGUUGGGUACCUUGCAAAUACACACCCGAAUCACACAUCCAUCUUGCAUUUGAAGAGUUUAUGUUGUUUUAAGAAUUCUCAGUUUUGCUACUGUAGUUUAAUUUAGGAUGAAUUCCACAUUCGACAAAGAAUCCUAAAGCAUAAAAUUGCUAAAACUCCAGGAAGCUUGUGAAUCAGAUUUCAGUGUGAAUCCAUGCCUUUAUUUACUCAGAACUUUUUAGUUUGCAAAUCAGUGUGCUACAAACCCUCCAUCUGCACUCCCCCCUCCCACCCCCCCACCCCCUCCACUUCCUGUUACCCAGUAGUCUAAGUGGGAUGAAUGUGGAUUAUUGAUACAAUGAAAUGCCUGGCCCCAAAUCCCAAUUGGUGGGGCCAGAAUUUAAGUUUGAGCAUCAGGACUCUGAGUCCCUCCCUAUAUGCCUAUUCUCUUGCAAAACUUCUGCUGGAGCAGACCUAUUAGGAAGCAGUCUCAUGUGGGUCAUCCACCCUAAUGGUGCUGGGCUCCACACGGAUCAGGCUGGUCAGGGUAGCUUUAUGUGGGUCCAUCUACCUGAAGCCUGAGGGGCUCCAGACCCUGAGCACCAUCUCUUUCUAAUGUCCUGCCUUCACCUGCUGUGGGUGCUCUAUGAACUGGGGCUUGACCUUAUCACUCUGUGCUUAUUAAUUUGCUUCUGAAAAAUUUCACUAUUUUACCAAGUUUAGUGCUGUGAGAUCUUAGAUGAAAGAAGUAUAUUUAAACAAAUAGAGUGUAUUUUGUUUUUCUUUUCAGGUGUGUCUAUCAGAUGUCAGAGACCCAACUCAGUGAUUAGGGGUUAGUCCUCUGACUUUUCUCUCUCAAAUUCUUCUGUCAUUAUGAGAAUUUCCUCAGGGAGACUUCAAAUCACAAACAAGGUCACAGCCAUGAAACAGAUUAAAAUAAAAAAGUACUUUUGAGUUUUUUGAGGGAAGGUGCUAUAGAAAUUCAACCCAUAUUUAAAUUCAUGGAUAUAUACCUCUUUGCAAGAAAGAAGGAAAAUUUUUUGAUGUAGCCACAUAGAUGAUUUAGUGAAUAAUUUUAGGUACAAACACUGAAGAUCCAAAUGUCACUUUAUGUAAAAAAAUACUGUGUCCAACUGAAGUAUUAGGAUGUAUCUCUUCUUCAGUCUAAUAGAACAUGGCAGGUGAUACAGGUAUUCAAAUGUAUUUACUCUCCUACCCUCCUCUCACAAGAGAAAUUGCAUGCAUAAAGCUUGAUCACAAGCAAUUAAAAGUAAAAUGUUCUUCACUAGAUUUUUGCAACACAUGAAAUUGGUGGUGUUGGGGGAGGGGCAUAAUUCCAACCCCCAGAAAGCCACAUCCCAGGGAAUGGGAACUGAGCAGAUGUGCAAAAACCUAUUGUUUGUGAGACAGGAAGAAAUCUCCUUGCCUCUUCUUUAUUCUUUCCCACACAAUCACAGCACCACAUAAAAAACAUUACAAGUGGAUUUAACAUGGAAAAAGUAGUUUUGCAUUUCUCUUACUGUGAGGAAGCGAAAUUUCUCUGUAUUGAUAAUCUCUACCAUUAGUUCAAAGGGAAGCAUGCCCCACGGAGACACUC